GCCCCAUCACGUGUUCAUGGUUCCAGCGGGGCGGGGCCGGCGUCUCUAAACUGCCGUCACUUCCGGUUCUCUGUCAGUAGCGAGCGAGCAGGAGGCUGUGGACCGCAGCAGAGGAGCAAUGCCUAAAUCAAAGGAACUUGUUUCUUCAAGCUCUUCGGGCAGUGAUUCUGACAGUGAAGUUGACAAAAAGUUAAAGAGGAAAAAGCAAGUUGCUCCAGAAAAACCUGUAAAGAAGCAAAAGACUGGUGAAACUUCGAGGGCUCUGUCGUCAUCUAAGCAGAGCAGCAGCAGCAGGGAUGAUAACAUGUUCCAGAUUGGAAAAAUGAGAUAUGUCAGUGUUCGGGAUUUUAAAGGGAAAGUUCUAAUUGAUAUUAGAGAAUAUUGGAUGGAUCCAGAAGGUGAAAUGAAACCAGGAAGAAAAGGUAUUUCUUUAAAUCCAGAGCAGUGGAGCCAGCUGAAGGAGCAGAUUUCUGACAUUGAUGAUGCAGUAAGAAAACUGUAGAAUCUGAGCCAUAAAGACCUGUACUGUUCUAGUUGUUUUACUGUCUUUUUACAUUGGCUUUUGUUUUCUAAACGUUGUUUUCCAAGCUGUUGUAUAUUUGGAUUGCAAAACAAUUUGUAAGAUGAAUCCUUUUUUUUAAUGUGCAUUGUUAAAAAUGUUCUGAGUGAAGCUGUCAACUUUAUAAAGGAGGAUUGCUUUGUGUCCACCGCCUAGUGUAAAAUAAAAUCAAGUAAUACCAA